GGUUGGAUUACCCAUGGUAGUCAAGACUCAAGACUAUCUAUCGUUUGAAGUUAAUAUCGACGCAAGUGUUUGCUUCAUAAUUUGAAGGCCUCGGCAAGUACGUAGCACCGAGAAAGCUGAAUUGUCAAGUGGAUUGAGCAAUCGCAAACAAGAAUUGUGGGGUGCUGUAAAAAUUCAUAAAUUGACGACAACCCAUCGACACUAAGCGAAGGAAUGUUCGUGACAUUGAUUGAAAAAAAAAGGUUUCUUGAAAGAGAAUUUGUGUUCUGGAUUUCGAUUUAUUGUUGUAGACGACGAUGAGAUUCAGCGCCUCCGGCGGGAUUUGCCGGGCCUUCGCGGUGGCGGGCAGACCAGCGAGGUGGCUCUCGACGGCGAAGCACGGAUCGGUGCCCAAUGAAGAGGCGGACGUGGUUGUGAUCGGCGCCGGCGUGGUGGGCUUGGCGGUGGCGCGUGAGCUCGCGGUGAAGCUUGGGAGGGAAGUUGUGGUGGUUGAGUCCGGGCCCACUUUCGGGACUGGCUCGAGCUCUCGCAACAGCGAAGUCAUUCACGCCGGCAUUUAUUACCCUCCUAAUUCUCUCAAGGCACUUUUCUGUGUUAGAGGGAGGCAUUUGUUAUACCAAUACAGCAGAGAACAUGAUAUUCCUCAUAAACAGAUAGGGAAGCUAAUAGUUGCCACCCGAUCUUCAGAAAUCCCGAAAUUGAAUGAGCUUUUGACUCGAGGGAUUGAAAAUGGAGUCGAGGAUCUUAGAAUGAUGGAAGCUGAAGAAGCCAAAAAGAUGGAACCUGAAUUAGAAUGCACGAAAGCUCUAUUAUCACCUGCCUCAGGCAUAAUCGAUAGCCACUCGUUUAUGCUAUCCCUAUUGGGGGAAGCUGAGAACCAUGGAGCAAUCAUCUCAUACAAUACUACAGUGAUUGGCGGUAAAUACAAAGAAGAUCGUUUGCAGCUGUAUAUUUCCGAAAGUCGGGGUCUUAAAAACCAGGACGAAUAUUUAUACACUCCUUUGAGGCCCGACCUAAUUCUUCGCCCGAGACUUGUUGUGAAUUCAGCUGGUCUAGGUGCUCUAGCUCUAUCCAAGAGAAUCCAUGGCCUGGAUAAUGGAAUUAUUCCAAAACCGUACUUUGCCCGUGGCUGCUAUUUUACGUUAUCGAGUAUGAAAACUCCACCUUUUAAGCAUUUGAUUUAUCCCAUACCGGAAGAUGGCGGAUUAGGAGUACACGUGACGUUGGAUUUAAACGGCCAAGUCAGAUUCGGUCCCGAUGUCGAGUGGAUCGAUGGCAUUGAUGACAUUUCAAGCUUCCUCAACUUGUUUGAUUAUUCGGUGCCUGGAGAUCGUGCAAACCGGUUUUAUCCAGAGAUAAGAAAGUAUUAUCCAACUCUAAAGGAUGGAUCUUUGGAGCCUGGCUAUGCUGGUAUUCGACCGAAACUUUCUGGGGCAAUGAAAGAUCCUGCUGAUUUUAUUAUACAGGGAGAUGACAUUCAUGGGAUUCAAGGCCUUAUAAACCUUUUCGGUAUAGAAUCACCCGGGCUUACUUCAAGUCUGGCCAUUGCUGAACAUGUUGCUGCUCGAUUAUCAAGAUAGAUAAUCCGCUUGCCAUUAUGUUACAAAGAAUACCAGACAUUGAAAUAACGUUACAGAAAUUUUUUAAGGGAGAUAAUUCAUUUGUAUUGUUUGCCUUUUGUAUACUUGAAAACAUGUAUCUACUUGACAGUUUCUUGUUCUUUCUAUUGUUAGCAACAUAAUAUUAGCAGAUAAAAUAAAAG